AUAUAUUUACGUAAUCAACUAAUGUGCAUGCCAAUCGGAAUUUUGAGAUGUGUAGUGUCCUUAGAGGCUUGGAUUGUAAUGAUUUGUGGAAUAGCAGCCUUUAUAUUCACAAUGAUUAUGUAAAUACAUUAUAGUUUAAUGCUAUAAGCAUAUGAGGGAGAAUCUGUAUAUAGAUCAUUUAAUAUUUAAUUAGUGGAUGCUUUUCGGACAGGGAAUGCUUACUGCCUUCUGGUUGUUUUCAUCGUAUAUAAUAAUCAAUGGAGUAUGCGGCAUUGUUGGCGGUUAACACAAAAAACCAUGUUUGUUGUUAGUGUUCAAUGUUGGAAAUAUCAUAAUCAUUAUUGCAUUUAUUCUUCUUAUGGUGAUAGGUUAUGUGUUGGCAGAUGAGACUCGCAAACUUACCGACCAAGAUUACUAAUAAAAUGAAAAUACAUGUCUUGAUCAUAGGUUUUAAUUAAAUACUUUGGAUUGGGAAAGCAAAGACCUUUUAUGUUCUAUAGAAUGCCCAUGUUACUAUACGUAAGUGAAUGGAGCGUUGGCUAAAAACAAAACUAAAUGGGCAGAUGAUAAAGAUUCUACAAGAGUAAUGAAUAAACAUUUAAGAUUAGCCUACAAGAGUGUAAGACUGUGAAAUCUAUUAAAAAACCCAAAAUACAACAGUCAAAUAUUUUUCAAAUUACCUUGGAGAUAUCCAGAAAGAGACAGGAUGUACUGGAUGGUGUGUGCCGUAUUAAAUGCAAAUAUUUUAUGAUAUUAAUGUGAAGGUUGAAGAUGACUAGUAUAGAAUAUAUAUAAAUUAGGUUGUAUUGCCAGUAUGUUGUAAUUAACAAAUUAACAGAGAUGGGACAAUUGAUGGGAGACAUAGCGGCAGGAGUCACUGCAGUAAUGCUUGUUUUAAUUACUCUUACCUGCUGUUUAUGUUUCCAUCCAGUUAAUAAAGAUCAGGAUUUCUAUAAGAAGAUGUCACAUUAUGAGAAUUGAUUACAUCUUCUAUUUGUAAUAAAUUUGU